AUGGAUUAAUUACAAAAGCAAGACCAUCCUAUUCUUAUUUGGGUUGACAGCCAAAUUUCUAAUUGGGAAAACUAAUUAUAUUGUAAGCAAUUACAAGAAGAUUACUAAAACGCAUUUCAAGCUUGUAAUGACAUAUCUCAGGCUUGUGAAUUAUUGUAAAAUAUUGGCGAUAAAGAUAUAACUAUCCUAACUAGUGGGUAAUGCGCUUAUUAACUUGUAAAACACACAAAAUAAAACAUUAUAGUGUUUUGUGGAAGAAGAUAGAAUCAUUUUGACUUAUUCAAAAAUAAUAUCUAAAUAAAAUCUAUAGUAUCAGAUUCUUUUUUAUAAGCGCAUGAGGAUGCUAUUAUGAGUAUGAAUUCGUCAGACAUCCAAAAUGAAUUCAUCAAAUUAUUAUCACCGCCAUAAAGGCAAACAAGUAAAUAUCAACAUUCAAAAGGACAUGUGAGCAUCUAAUUUCUAGUUGUCAUAGAAGAAUUAAAAAAAAAAUAACACUUACAGAAUCAGAGGUCUUUGCAGAAAUAGAAAAUUUGCUUUCUAUUGGAAAUCAAUAACAUAAAAAGCAUGCCAUUUUUAAAGAUUUAGAAAAUAAAUCAAAAGAAAAACUAAAAUCAACCAAAUAAAAAUUCUAAUUGUUCGAGAAAUUGAUUUAUCUCUACACCAGAGAAGAGAUUUAUUAUACUUUUAACUAAUAGUUUGCUUAGCAUAAUUAUUAAUCAAUUAAAAACAUUAUUCUGUGUCUUUAUCAAGGAUUUAAGGAACAUUACAACAAUACCAAUCAAUUUCAAAUUCUUUAUAGAGGUAUACCCUUUUACGAUGAAGAUAUCUUCAAAUAAAUUAUGAGAGAUCUAAAUUAAUCAAAAGAUGAGGGAAGCUCAUUAUUUGGAAUACAAUUUCUAGCACAUCUUAAGUUGAGAAUAUUGCAGAAAAAUUUUAUUCUGGUAGUUUUUAUGGGAUACUUUAUAACAUUAUUUUGGAUUAAGAAAUUCCUCAUCCGUGUUUCAAUUUAUAAUAAUACUCCAAAUAUCCAGAAGAAAAAGAAGUAAUAUUAUUCCCAUAAUUCGAAUUUAUUGUAUAAGAGAUCUAAUAGCAAUAAAAUAACAAUCAAUAAGUCUACACUGUGACAAUCAAAUAAGUUAGGAAUAACUAUGCUUUUGCACUUGAUCCAUUCAAAAGAAAGACAUAUUGGGACUCAGUAUUUGAGUAGAAAAUAAAGCCUAAAAUAGAAACAUUGGUGAAUUUUUAAUGUAAAAGAAUUUUUGAAUUUCUAUAAUUUUGUACAUAUGAACAAAUAAACUAAGGAUUAAAUUAGAAGAUAUUUGUCUCCUCAAUUAAAAAGGAAUUCGAGAAUGCAUUUCAAUAGAUUCAAAAUCAAUUAAUUAAGAUUUUCAAUGAUUCAAAACACCCUGAUAUUUUGAAUCAAAUAAAAAGUCUCACUAGAACCUAUAUUGAAGUAGUUAAAUUUGAAUAUUAAGACGAUUUAUCUUCCAAUUAAAAAAAGUUUCUAGGAGAAAUUAAUGAAAUAAUGACAUCCUUAAAACUAAAUAUUUGCAAAUUGGUAUUAAAAGGAAUAAUCAAUAUCGAGGAGGAGAAAGAAUAUUUGUAACAUUUAUAAAAAUACUUCAUGAUGAAUCAAACCAAAGUUUUUAAUAAAAAAAUUGUAAAUCCUUAAUUCAGAAUAGGUUCAUCUUAAUUUUAAAAGCCUGUAUCUCAAGGUAUUGUGGUAUAAAGUUUCUAAUAAACAUUUAAGACUUAAAAGGUAAAUUCUGUUUAAUAAGCAUAACAUAAGAAUGGUAUAUUGGGAUACUUAGCAACUCUUUAGGAUGGUAAUAAAUUGCUAAUGUAUCAUAAUCUAAAUAAUUAUGAGUUGACUUUUUCUAAAAUGAUUGACCCUAAUUCAAAUAUAUGGUAAACUGUUGGCUAUCCAACAGAGAUAAACUCAGUAGCACUCUAAGAAUUUAUAUCAUAAUUCUAGGCUUACAAAGACUUCUAAAUUAACUAAAAUAUCAUAAAACCAACGCAAACAACGCAAGCAACCCAAAAAAAUGCAAAUAACAGAUCGUUUACAGCAUGCCAAAGCAUCAGGCUAAAUUUGUGGAUAAAUUGCAGGAGCAGUAGGAAGUGUAGCAGUUGAUUUCAUGAUUGAUGGGGUUAAUUAAGAAAAUCUACUCUUAGGUGCAUCUUCUGUUUUAGUUUAAGGUGGAUUGGCUUAUGCCUCAAGUGUAAAAUCUUUGGAAAAAGUGGGACCUUAUGUUGGAAUCGGAAUAAAUGCUCUUAUUGUUGGCAAAUCUGUUAAAGAUGUGUUGGUGUCAGAUUUUUUGAGCCAAAGUGAGAAACUUUAUAAUUCUAUUUUGAUUACUACAAAAGCUGGAAGUGCAUUAGGGAUUAGUUGUUUAGGUAUUGAAGGUGGCAAAGCAUUAGGUGUUCCUUAAGGGCCUCCUGGAGUGCUUUUGGGAGGAUUAAUUGGAGGUUUUGUUGGAGGAGUUGCUGGUAAUUUCUUAGGGAGAGCUAUUGACAAUUAUAAUUAAUUUAGUUUAGAAGUCAAUUUUUCUGAAAAAAAUAAGUCUAAUAGGGAGAAUGGAUAUUUAAUAGAUCCAGGUGAGCGUCCUUUAUUUAAAUGGUAAUGUGUUAAGGAUAAGGCAAGAAGUUUAAUAUUAAUUGGUUAAACAGAUAAUCAUUUAGCAUGUUUAAUAACUAAUAUUAGUAGGGAUAAAGGAUAAAUUUACCCUCAAGAAGAUGUUGGAAUUAAAUAAUAAUUAUAUAAUUAUAUAGGUCCUGAUGAUUCUAAUUCAAAAAUUACAUUUAGGCUUAUAGCAAUCACAUAAGAAUAUAUUAAUGAUCAUGAAGUUUUGAAUCUAUUUAUGACGAAUCAAGUUAAUUAUAUUGACAUGGCUGUACGUGAAAUUAACUUAAAAGAUAUUAGAUGA